CGCUAUUCCAUCCGCCCAAUCGCUGGAGUGUCAUGCCUCAAGUUCAGAUCUUUGCUUUCUCACCCGCUUUCCUCCAGAGGCGAUCGAGGUGAACAGGGAGGGCGCGGAGGUGUACCGUGGUGCGGCGUUGUGCGCAGAGAAGGCGAUGGAGCUGCUGGCCGAGACCAACAUGCCGCUGGCGGACAUCGAGGAGGUCGGCUACAACCGCUCCACGGGUUUCGUGUGGCUGCGCCAGAGGAAGGCGCUCACGCACACGUUCAAGCAGAUCGGGAGGCCGGUCUGGUACACCACCGAGGUGACGGCCUUGGUCGAGGACCGCAAGAUGAAGUGCAUCACGGGGGUCAAGAGCAAGGAGCCCCUCGUCUGGGUCACCGUCUGCGACAUGUACAUCGACAAGAACGACCACUCAAAGAUCACGUUCAAGACGCCCACCGGACUGGGAAGUGUUAGCAAAUAAGCCACGGUUGUCUGAAAG